AGCACCAGAUAACUGUGCGUGCGCGAUCUUGAACAUUCGUAGGACAAGAUAGUGAAAUUCGAUUGCGUUCAAUAUGAAUGCUGUAAACACGGUACCUCAUUGCGGCGGAAAGAAAGGCCAAGGGCCAUCCAACAACAGGCCGUUGCCGAAACCAGCAAGCGAAGCUUUAAAGAAUCGAAUAUCAAAUCGGUUGAAUAUGGAUGCUUUACCCAGCAAUUUCCAGAUCGGCUGUACAAAAAUCGUAGUAGUAAACAAGCCGAUGGAUCAGGAAGGGCGCACAACAAAGUCAGCGCAUCAUUCGUUGUCCUCCGCUAUACCUAAACUUGCUUCUCUUAGACCCCUUGCCAAUCCUGAUUCUCAUAAUACUGCACCGGAGAAUGAAUCUGUAUUGAGGGGACAGCAGCUAUUGUUUGAUAUCAACCGAAAACUUGACUUGGUGCUAGACAAACUGACUCAAAUGGAGGGUAGAAUGGUAUUAAAUGAAAGCAAAAUUGAUUUAUUGGAGAAAAAAAUCGAUAUGCAUUUGUCCUUCGGUCCAGUACCGGGUUCAAGAAAGGACAAAACAGAUAGUCCAGAUAGUUCAUUAUCAAUGUUUUCGCCGGUAUCGUGUUUGGUGGAUUUGGAAAACCUGGAAGAGUUGGCUAAGGAUAAGAACUAUGUUAAUUUUGUGAAAACCCACAUACAAGAUUUUUCCUGACUCAAUGCGCUUGGACAGGAACAGUCAGGAAUGAUGUCAAAAGAAAAAUUCGUUUUAAAGAUUUCGUUAAUGUGUUUGAAAUAUUUUACGAGACAGUGCAC